UCAACUCUCUCGCUCUCUGCGCUUCUUACUUCAGACUCUCUGUCAAAACGUAAUAUAGAGACAACAACUUAGAAAAAUCAUCGUCGUCAUCAUCAUCAUCAUGUGUCACCUUCGAUCUCCUGAUCUUCUUCCCUGCAAAUGCAAUCCAAAUUCCGAUUACCUUAAACACCCAGAACCAGAGAUUUCGGACCCAUUCAUCCCUAGACCGGCGACUCACUUCCAUCUCUCUAACGCCUUCAAAGAGUUUGUCUCUAUAGCCAAGAUAGCUCUUCCCAUGAUCCUCACCGGUCUUCUUCUCUAUUGCCGUUCUAUGAUCUCCAUGCUUUUCCUCGGCCGCCUCGGCGAGCUCGCCUUGGCAGGUGGCUCCCUCGCCGUCGGAUUCGCCAACAUUACUGGUUACUCCAUUCUCUCCGGUCUGGCCACCGGAAUGGAACCCAUUUGCGGACAAGCUUUUGGGGCUAAGAGAUUCACCAUGCUUGGUCUCUGUUUACAGAGAACGAUUCUUCUUCUGGUUUUCACCUGUGUUCCCAUAUCUCUGCUUUGGAUAUAUAUGAAGACAAUUCUUCUCAUGUGUGGUCAAGAUGAAGCCAUAGCCACACAAGCCGAAUCCUAUCUUGUUUAUUCUAUCCCUGACCUCUUGGCUCAAUCGAUUUUACACCCAUUACGGAUUUACCUUCGAAGUCAGUCCAUUACUCUGCCUCUAACACUCUGUGCCAUUUUCUCUGUUCUUCUUCACGUCCCCAUCAAUUACUUGCUCGUUUCUCAUUUUAAUCUGGGAAUCAAAGGCGUUGCUCUUGGUGGGGUUUGGACGAACUUCAACCUCGUCGCUUGUCUAAUCCUGUACAUCGUUUUCUCAGGAACGCAUAAGAAAACCUGGGGAGGUUUUUCUUUCGAGUGUUUCACGCAAUGGAGGUCGCUUCUCAAUCUGGCGAUUCCUAGCUGCAUUUCGGUCUGUCUCGAAUGGUGGUGGUACGAGAUCAUGAUUCUUCUCUGCGGGUUGCUUCUGAAUCCGAAAUCAACCGUAGCUUCCAUGGGCAUUUUGAUCCAAACCACUUCUUUUCUCUACAUUUUCCCAUCGUCUAUAAGCUUCAGUGUUUCAACCAGAGUUGGGAACAAGCUUGGCGCUCAAGAGUCAUCAAAAGCGAAGCUCUCUGCUAUUGUGGGUCUCACUUGCAGCUUCGUCUUGGGUCUCUCUGCUCUGGCCUUUUCUGUAAUGGUGAGGAACGUGUGGGCCAGCAUGUUCACUGGGGACAAAGAGAUUAUAACCCUGACCUCUAUGGUUUUACCCAUAAUAGGUCUCUGUGAGCUCGGAAAUUGCCCACAAACAACAGGGUGUGGAGUUUUGAGGGGCACAGCGAGGCCAAAGGUUGGUGCUAACAUAAACUUAGGAUGUUUCUACCUUGUCGGAAUGCCUGUGGCCAUAGCUCUAGCUUUCUUCGCUGGGUUUGAUUUUGAAGGUCUCUGGUUAGGGCUUCUGGCUGCACAGGGCUCGUGUGCAGUGACGAUGCUGGUGGUUCUGAGUCGAACGGAUUGGGAAUUUGAGGCACAGAGAGCAAAGAAACUCACAGAAACAGGGGAAGCUGGAGGUGAUGUGGUGGAGAAGACAGAGAAGAUGCUCAGAGAUGAAGAAAGCCAGCAAGAUUCUUCUUAGGGACGAUGAUUCAGAUGCAGAAGCUAAGCUAAGAAAUCGUGGGAUUGAUUAACUAAUUUAAUUUCCUUUACUAAACCAAGAAGGACGAAAAAAUUGGAGGAAAAAAAAAUCUUUAAAAAAUUUGUCUUUAGCUGUAUAGGGUAGUAGAUAGAGCAGAAAGAGACGUAGACUUUUAAUUUUUAGUUUUUAAUUUUUAAUUUCGGUAGAAGGGGAUGAUGAAGGGUAAGGGCGCGCCACUUCCAAGAACAAAUGCUAUUUCCUGUGAAAUUCAAAUACUACAUUUUACAAAGCGUUGAAUCUCAUAGGAAGUAGCAACAUGUAUUAAUUUCCAAGGAAUAACCAUUAUUGCGGUAACCUGAA